CUGGAAUAUUAGUCCUCAGCCGCUGUAUCCACGGCGUUACAGCGGGCUUACAGGGCAGGUACGAGACAUAACAGUGCACCGCCGCACCUCUUUUCCCAGAAAUACAGUACCGCCACAUCAGUUUGCUCUUCUAUCUGCUCGCUGUGGCUGUGAUCCACCGGCACUGCAUACGGUACAUCGUCAACGCAACGGGCACAUCGUCACUCGUUUCUUUUUCCUUGACACAGCCCUCUCUCCCUGCACGUACAAAUCGCCAACAGGCGCGGUAUCCCACCUCUUUCUUUAUUAUGGCCGCAUGAAUCGACGUUGUUGACAUUUCUUGCUUUUCCCACAACACUAUUUCCCCUGCCAUCGUGCUUCGUGGACCCAAUUCCUGGUGAAAAUUACGCCGCGUCCUUAAAAUGAAGCUCCAUCGGCCACCAUUCCGAAGCCUCUCGCGCCAGCUCCCCCUUCGCCCUCGACCCUGCCAGCUUCCCGCAAGCUCCACAGCUGCUGCAUUCGCUGCGUUGCCAAGUCGCGUGUCCAACAAAUUUAACAGAGCUUAUUCCGUUGUCUCUGCAGCGGAUCUGAGAUUCGGACAGCCGGUGCACGAGACACAUCCCCAUAUCUUACAAGCCGGAGAGCUAACUGCUGGAAUCUCCGCCCAAGAAUAUGCCGAUCGACGCGCUGCUGUAGCCGAUGCCCUACCUGACGGUGGUGUUGCUGUGCUUCAAGCCGCUCCCAUUGUAUACAAGUCAGGCGCCGUUUUUCACCCGUAUAGACAAGAGUCGAAUUUCCUCUGGCUGACUGGAUGGGACGAGCCGGAUGCUGUCGCUGUCAUUCGCAAAACGGGGCCCAACUUGGGAGACUACACGUUCCACAUGUUUGUGAAUCCCAAGAACCCAAGAGAAGAACAAUGGAACGGAUACAGGAACGGGGUCCAGGCCGCAGAGGAUAUCUUCAACGCAGAUGAAUCAUUCCCCAUAGACGCGGCCGGAUCCCUGUUGCCUCGCCUCUUGAGCAGCGCCAAAUCUGUGUAUGCCGAUAUGCCACCCACAAACGCGCCGACAAAAUUCUCCUGGCGCGAGCUCGGCAGCCACGAGCCGCGGCCCAGUUCCAGUCCGCUUUCCCCGCUUGUAAAUAAGCUACGCGCAAUUAAGAGCCCAGCCGAAGUGGCCAACAUGAGAAAAGCAGGCCAAAUGUCUGGUCGUGCUAUUACAGAAGCCAUGAGGCGCCAGUGGACGAAGGAGAAGGAGCUCCAUGCCUUUCUUGAUUAUCAAUUCAUCAUGAAUGGGUGCGACGGACCAGCGUAUAUACCCGUCAUUGCUGGUGGUGAGCGUGCCAACUGCAUCCACUACACCGUCAACAACGACGUCUUUAAUAAGGACGAAUUCAUCCUUGUUGAUGCCGGUGGUCAAUAUGGUACCUACAUUACCGAUAUUUCUCGCACGUGGCCUUGCUCAGGCAAAUUCAGCCCUGCUCAGAGAGAUCUAUACGAGGCUGUUCUGAAGGUGCAGCGUGAUAGUGUGUCGCUUUGCAGAGCAGAUGCACGUAUGUCCCUAGAGGACAUCCACAGUGCAACAACGCGUGGACUAGUAGAACAAUUAAAGACGAUCGGCUUCGACGUCAACAUGUCCAAUAUUGGUCAGUUGUUCCCACAUCACGUUGGUCAUUACAUUGGCUUGGACGUCCAUGACUGCCCAACAUACAGCCGCCGCGAGCUACUUCGACCAGGUCACUGUGUCACCGUAGAGCCCGGAAUCUAUGUCCCUGACAAUGAGCAGUGGCCCUCCCAUUUCCGCGGAAUGGGUGUUCGUAUCGAGGAUAGCAUAUGUGUGGAUGAAACCUCACCCUUCAUCCUCACUACUGAGGCAGUGAAGGAGGUUUCAGAUAUUGAGGCGCUCCGAGACUAAAAUUUACACAGACAUGUUUAUUGCCAUCAUAGUGGUGAUCUGAUUUAAUUUCGGUUCGACGCGUUCCGCUUUAGAUUACGCGGUAGACAUACCCUAUAGACUUUAACGCUCACAUACAGCGUGUUGUAACAAUACAAUAAAAAUUAUAUAGAGAUGUUUUGCGUGUAUAAUUAACCUAAUUUGCGUUUGUGUGACCUUUUUAUCUGUUUUUCUCUUCCCAGCAGACUGAUUAUGUUAUUGGCAUGAUCCUCACCAUACGUUGACAGUCAUUGCCUUGUACUUGAUUCACUAGAACUGCGAAUAGUGGUCUACUGCGUCUGGAAUAAUAACGAUGGUAAUUAAAACAAAAUGGAUAUAUAUACAUAUAUGUAUCAUCUAUAAAAGUCAAAUAAGACAGAUCCCAAUGUAUAAAACCCUUAUGCAGCCCCAAUGCCUCGCAUGCGCCUGAAAUCAAGUAAUUGUAUUCCGGUUCAACACAAACUCCGGCACCCGAAAUAGCGCCCAAAACGAAAGCGAAAAGCCGAGGACCAAAACCAAGUAAACGAAAUGCAAACAAAACACCAGAAAUAAAAAAACAAAAAGCCACGACAAAAGAAAGCCUAUGGGAAGUUUUGAGGAUCAAACUGGCCAUAUUGAGUCGGCGCGUGUGGGACGCCGCCCUCUUGCAAAAUGCUCUCCAGUUGCUGGACGCGUUGGACAAGCUGGUGAUGCUCCGUGAGAAUCAUACGAUUUACUUGUUCCAGCUCAUGGAUAUAUUCAGUGGCCUUGCUAAGAAUUGUUCCCUAGAAAACAAAGCAACAUGUUAGUUUGUGCGACAACAAAUACAAAUCGCUUUGGUUAUCGACAUACCUUGCUGAUCUUGGAAGCGCCAGCGUUACCAAGCCCGCCAUCCGAAUCACCCUCCGAUGCUGUCUGCAGAGAGGGAACGGCGGCCUUGAGCUCUGCAAUUUUGUCCUUGAGGUUCAUGCGAUACUUGCGCUCAACGUCGUUGUGAGUAGUCCUGUCGCUCGAGCGUGGCUUGUCCUUGCUCAUGCCCGACUGAUUGACGGCGCGUCUGGACGAGCUUUCGCUAGCCACACUAUGUGAUCUCUGUUUCUUUAAUGGAGUACUAGCGACCGAAGCCUUGCGUGUGCUAGUUCGAGAGAAUCCUGUCGAGCUGCCAUUCUGGCUAUUCCAGCCAGAAGAGACAGAUCCCGCGUGAGGGCCACUAUUGGAUGGGACGAUAGGAACUUGGGAAGAGGACAUCAACGCCACGUCUGGCAUUAGUCUUGGGUUUUCAGAAGUCGGUGGUUGUCCGGCCCAUGACUGUCUGGUCAUUUGACGGUGUAGGCCAGCCGCUUGACUGCUUGGCUUCGAAGACGCACCGUCGGAGCCCCAGUUGAUUCCAUUUGAAAAAAGGUUGGAGUUGACAGGAUAUUCUUCCGAGCCUUGGAGCUGUUUUUCAGUGUCCAUUGCAUCGGAGAUGUCCGUGCUGCCUUGCGGAAGGGUUCCGGUGGCGGCACCACCCAUGAGGGAGUUGUACCAAUAGGGUGCAGACAGGUUUGUAGAAUACAUUCCGCCAGAGAGCUCAGGGCCAGAAGUAAUGCUGGCAGGGUGUUAGCGAUCGGUGUCAAGAAGUACGACCGAAGCAAAAAAAAGAAAGCAAGCUGUGACAAUAACAUGAGGAGGAGCAGAGGAAGACUAACCUGGGAUGGUUCGAGGCAGCAAAGCUCUUGUCGUAAGACAGAGCAAAGUUUUCUCGUUGUGAAGAGUCGUUUUGGGACUUUGUGGUAGUGCUGGUCCAACCUUGGGCAGCAGAAUCAGAAGCGCCACGCUCACCCAUGCUAGGAUCUAGAGGGCUGCCAGUCCAAGAGUUGGAUGGUGAGUGGGAAGAGUGCUCUUCACCUUGGGAUCGGGCAUAGGAGGAGAGAAUAGACGUUGGGGAUGGAGGAAGAACAAGGGCGGGCGAAGAAGCAUCACCUGGAAGCUUCAAGUCUUGGUCUGCCGCGUUUGCGCUGGGUGAAAGUGGAUAAAGGGCCUGGGAGAGCAGCUCCGUCUGGCCCGAGGGGAUGUGCUUGGUCGCCGAAGCUGACCAGUCAAACGACUUUUGCUUUUUCCAAGAUGUUGAAGAUAAAGGGCUGCAGGAAGCAAGACUCUUUGCAAAGCACACGCCUGAGAAUAGUUCUUCUGACAUGUGGACUGGAAACUUGCUUUGGAAGCAAGGGCGGGAUUGGGUGAUGGGUGACAAAGAUAUAAUAAUGGAUGAGGCGACGGACGAGGGCAGGGUAGGGGGUUCGAGAUUGGAGAAUCUGAUCCGAUCUGUAGCAGAGAGAGAAAUCCUUGGAAAAGAAAUGACAAGGGUAUAUUAAAUGUUUAUAAAUCGAAAUGCAAAAGAUAUGUGACCAAGUGCCGGGAAUGGUGUUCUUGAUAUAGACCGAGGGCCAAGUAUAUGGAUUUGUUGGAACGGGAAUCCUUUGGGGAUUGCGUUUAUAGGGAAGAAACUCAUACAAACUCAAGAGAUUAUCCAGAAACUUCUCAUUUUUGGAUUAUUUUUAUUUAUUUAUUUAUUUUUAUUAUUUAUUUUUCUUUCGUACUAGAUGCACCAGGGCCCUCUUUUCCCUCGGCGGCGUUUCGGAAGGCGGUCCCAGUUCCUUAGGGCCUUUUUGUCGGUGGUGGAGGAGGGGGACCAGCAAACAACAGGCAGAUGGAUAAGGUUCCGCCUAAGAAGGGGCUUCAGCUGCGCCUCGGCCUGGCCGUCCAAGGCAAAUCAAGCUAGGGCGAAGGGGCAGGGACGUGUUAGAAAACGGUGGUAAUAGCCAAGUUAACGGCGACCAUUGCUCGGGAUCCCGAGCUCUGCCCCCUCCCCCAUGGUAACCGUACCGUUUCGCGUCAGUUAACCCCCCACCGGGUGCUUUCUGAUGGAUAACUACAGUACUACUAACUGAACCUUAGAGGGACUGGACCGCCGAGGGAUGGCUGGCCAUGCAAGAUCGCGGGGGGGAUGAUGGGAGGGUGUCGGAAAUUGAUGCUCGCCCCAAACGCGUAAACCCCCAUCGACGCAAAGCGGCGUUUGGCGGCAAAUGAACGAAACCUGAGUAGCUCACAGCUUCGCGAUGGCGGCCCGGCAUCUCCAACUCAUUUGGCGGCACGUCACCAGAUUCAUCGGAGCUUGUCCGGUGCGCAGCAACUGUUGCCUUGUUGUAAAGACUCGCUGCAAAAGGACCCCAACCUGACUCAAGAUAGAGGACAACGAGGUCGGAUCUGCGGCGCAGCCACCAAGA